GAACUUCCUGUUUAUUGGCGCACUUUUCGAAAGGCAGGAUAUCAUCGACAUGUGUAUUUUGGUUUGAUUUGACUGUCAUUGAAGAUACAGAUUCAAUCAUUAUGGAUUCUGAUGUUGAAAAUACGGAGAGGCAGUUUGAUGGCAUCACUAUCAGUGAUAAGAGACCAUUCAAAGAAGUUCAGAAUUUGCGGCAUGAAUCCCCUACAUCCAUUAAACCACCGAGGAAAGACAGCCACCCCUCGAGUUCCGAUGGUGACCACCAGGUGGAUGAGCAGGUCAUGUUCAACAAACUGGUCACCAGGGCCAAGAAGCUGGCUUCUCACGGCCAGGUCGAGAGAGCCCUGGAGUUCAACAAGCGGGCCCUGAGGAUUCACUACACAGAGAAGUUGGCAAAACGGAUCAAGAAAAUGGAGGCCUACCUGACCCAGUAUGGUGGGGGGAGCUCGGAGGAGGAUGACGGCACCAUGGAACAUCUUGGCGAGGGUUUCUACCUGUACAGGGAGUUCUAUGAGAGAAUCUACAUGCAUCAGAAGGAAGGCCUGCUGUGGUUCUGGGACCUCUUCAGGAAGAAGAAGGGCGGCAUUCUGGGAGAUGACAUGGGAUUAGGAAAGACGAUCCAGGUGAUUGGGUUUCUGUCUGGGAUGUUUGACAUGGACAAGAUCAAGUCGGUGUUGAUUGUGAUGCCUGUGUCUGUCAUCCCCAACUGGGAGAAAGAAUUCAGCAAAUGGGCUCCGGGUAUCCGUGUGACGCUGUACCACGGCAACAGCAAGCGGGAGAAGGAGCGAGCUCUGGCCAAGGUGCAGCGGCGUAAUGGUGUCUGUCUCACAUCCUAUGGUCUUGUUGUCACCAGCUCGACACAACUCACUCAGAAAGAUGGAGCUGAAUUUGUCUGGGACUAUGUGAUUCUGGACGAGGGCCACAAGAUCAAGAACCCGACUAAGACAACAAAAGGGGUUCACGCUAUCGGUGCCCGGAACAGGAUCAUCCUGACUGGCACGCCGGUCCAGAACAAUCUCAGGGAGCUGUGGGCAUUGUUUGACUUUGUGCACCAAGGACAGCUGCUGGGAACAGCCAGAACAUUCAAGAUGGAGUAUGAAAACCCCAUUAUAAGGUCUCGAGAGCGUGAUGCCACAGCCGGUGAGAGACGACUUGGGCAGGAGAUGGCGGAGAGCUUGAAGAAGAUCAUUGAGCCGUUCUUCCUUCGAAGAACCAAAGCUGAGGUGACUGACAAGAAGAACAAAGGAGGAGAAGAAACUGAAGAUGGGAAGAAACAUCUCACUAAAAUGCCAUCACUUGGACGGAAGAACGAUUUUGUGGUGUGGGUGUUUCUCAAGCAGACACAGUUGAAGAUUUAUGAAGAUUUCUUGGCUUUAGACAGUGUUAAAGAGCUGCUGAUGACCAGUAAGUCUCCUCUGGUUGCGCUGACCGUCCUGAAGAAGAUUUGUGACCACCCACGGUUGCUGUCCAGCCGGGCGUGUGCUCAGCUGGGUCUCGAUGGCGAGGAGGGCCUGAACACUUCCAAUGACACACCGUCCGGCAUGGAAUGCGCUGCCAACAAGAUCAACCACAUCGACGACGAGGUGCUGAUCGGGGAGUCAGGGAAGCUGUUGGUGCUGGUCGACCUGCUGGACAACCUCAAAUCAGAGGGCCAUCGCUGUCUGAUCUUCUCUCAAUCACGCAAGAUGCUGGACAUCAUACAGAAAAUUGUUACAAACAGAGGACACAAGGUGAUGCGUCUGGACGGCACAGUGACCCAGCUGUGUGAACGAGACCAACGCAUCCAGAAGUUCCAGGGAGACAGCUCCUUCUCCGUCUUCCUUCUCACAACACAGGUUGGUGGUGUGGGACUGACGCUCACCGCAGCAGACAGGGUGGUCAUCUACGACCCCAGCUGGAACCCUGCCACGGAUGCGCAGGCAGUGGACCGAGUGUUCCGUAUCGGCCAGAACAAGAAUGUGGUGGUCUAUCGGCUGAUCACGUGUGGGUCGGUGGAGGAAAAGAUCUACCGCAGACAGAUCUUCAAAGACUCCAUCACCAGACAGACCACAGGGAACUCCAAAAACCCUUACAGGUAUUUCACAAAGGGGGAACUUCGAGAAUUGUUCACACUGGAUGAUUCCCGGUUCUCCAAGACACAGAGACAGCUACAAGACAUGCAUGGUGUUGACCGGCGCUCAGAUCCCAGUUUGGACUCGCAUAUCGCCUAUCUGCAUGCACUGGAGAUAUUUGGCGUGAGUGACCAUGACCUUAUGUUCAGUCAAGAACAUGCUGACGAUGUGGACAGCGAUGCAGAACAUGACACAAAGGAGGUCCACUCUAAUGACUACAUCCUGCAUCGGGUCCAGAAGGCCCAGGAGCUGCUACAGAUGGAGUCCAGUCUGUCGUCAACGCUGCAGGAGAGAAUGGGGCAGUACCCCCGCAACUGUGACGUCAACAACAGAGCUCAGCGCAAAUCCCCCACAGGCUUCUUUCAACCCAAACAAUAUGAUCAGAAACCCAACAGGCCGAAAGGCAGCUCUGACUAUGACAGUGAUGUGCCCCUCCCCGCCACUGUAGACCUCACAGUCAUGGAUGAUGAUGACGAUGAAUCACCAGUAGAAGUUCUGGAUUCACCAGUGAAGGUCAAGGUGGAGAGGUCACCUGUUAUACAGGGUCAGAAUGGAUCAGACACUUCUUUGAUUGAAAUUCUGGAUUCUCCUGUAAAGGUUAAAUCUGAACAUUUACCACCUGUGGUCAAAGUUGAAGGGUCAGCUGUAAAAACAGAGGUCAAGGUUGAAGGGUCAGCUGUAGAGAAAGCAGUCAAAGUUGAACAUACAUCGAUGAUGGAUGAGAGUAAGCUCCAGUCUGACAAAGGAUCUGAUAUGUAUGAGGCUGAUGUGUCGAUGACAGAGGAUGAUGAGUCGUCACCUACCAAGGACUUCACCAGGAAAGAUGCAUCACCCAUCAGCGACGACACAGAGUAUGACAGUUGUGAGGAAGAACUGAACGCUGAAGCUGAUGCUGCAGUGAACAACCACCGGUCCAGGCUUGAAGACCAUCUGCCAAAUGCUAAAGAUGCACUGUCUAAUGAAAUUGACCAUGUCAUUGACAGAAUUGACCAAAACAUGAGCAUCACUUUACAACCUGAUUCUGAUGAUGGUGCUGGUAAGACAUCAGGAUUAGAUUGUUCGCAAAUGAAUGCAACUUGUGAAAGACUUGAAGACUAUUUAUCCUCAUCCGACAAAGAAACAGAACUAUCAGAUGAUAAUGAUGAGGGCUUGACGACAACCAACAAGCCAGAGGCUCAACAACUUCUAAAAGUGAAAGAAGAAUUGACAUCUCCAAAAGAAUUCAAAUAUAAAAAAUUGACUCCUAUGAAGAAACGACCGCUGGUUGUUGAGGAGCACAUUCUGAUCUCUCCUGAACCGGCUAGUCCUUUGAUGGAGCUGAAAGCAAAGAGACAACGCAAUCAUUCUAAAACGGCAUCACCUGCUCAGUUUCUGAGUCGCACUUUGAUGAGCUGUGCAUCUGACAGUCCCGAGACUCCAUCAUCAACCUCCUCUAGCCACAGCGACAGGCUUGAGGAAACCUUUGUGGAGGACUCCCCUGCUUGCAGGAAGAAGCUGCAGGAGAGUCUACAACAAGCUGAUUUACCUAGAAUAAAGGCUUUGAAAAGCUUCCAUGUUGUCGACUCGGUAGAGAACACUCCUGUUGUUGAGGAUGAGGAGGUGGAUUCCAGGGUGGAGAGCAGCAUCUGUGAUGAUGACAUUGUGAGAGAUAGUGACAAGGAUACCCCAGUGAAGAAGAACCGGCGGAGGAGUGUUUGCAAGAGGAAUAUUGUAAUCGAGAGCUCGGACGAAGAGGAUGAGGAACAAAGAUCAUCAAGUGCUGAGUUGGCUGAGAAGAGUGAGAUGAGAUUGCCAGAAUCGGACAGUGAGAAUGAUGAGCUGCCGGACCUGGGGGAUGAUGUGGCAGAUGACCCAAGGGGACCUGCUGCAGGUCGAAGUGCCGUUGGAAGUACCAGGACAGGGGAUGAUUCUGCUCUGUCAUCAGGGAAUGGUUUUUCAGAGGUGGAGGAGGGGGAUGUGGAAAAGUCUUUGUUAUCCGAGGAUGAAGAGUUGGAGGAGGGGGAUGUGGAAAAGUCUUUGUUGUCCGAGGAUGAAGAGUUGGAGGAAGGGGAUGUGGAAAAGUCUUUGUUGUCCGAGGAUGAAGAGGCAGAGGCUGGUCCUGCUGAUGACCGUGAUAUAGAAGGUUCGGAGGAGGAGGAAGAAGAUGAAGUUAAUAGCGAUGAUGAUGACUUUAUAGAUGAUGAUGAGGAGGAAUUUGAGGAAACUGGAGAUGAGGAAGAAGGUUCAGGCUCCAGUGAGGAGGAGGAGGACCAGGAUGACCUGAAUGACCUGUCACCACAGUUGAGGGCCCAGUUUGACAAGUUUGUACAGAGAGGCAGGACUUUGUAUCUUGAGGGUCAGCAUGAAGAAGCUCUGGCCAACGUCCUCCAGGCACUGGAGAUCCACUCUGACUCAGCUCUCCAGGCCAUGGCUCUCAAGAUGCACCAGGACAUCGCCUCCUGAGUCAGACUGUAUGUUGAUGAGCUGAAAAACACUGACAAUACCUCCCCGUCAAGUUGAGUGUGUGCAGAAUUACACCAACACUGAAGAAUCACCAGGCUGGUCGUUAGCCAGCAGAGAAAGACCCACACUGACAUUGUGUCCAGAGUCGUCCUGGAUAGUUGGAUAUUUAUUGCUGAUGGAAACACUACCAGAGUCUCAUUCCACACAGUGGUCUUAGCGUCAUGACUAUCGUAAAUAAUUGUUAACUUAGUAUUGGAGUAGUGAUCGUUGUUCCAUUACGAUUGCUUUUCGGAACACUCUGAACUGAUCUGAAGUCUGUUAAAGUAUGAUAGUAGUCAUGGUUGUAGCUCAAGAUGGUUUUGUAGAAGAGGCCCCCUUAUUACACACAGUGGUCUUAGCGUCAUGACUAUCGUAAAUAAUUGUUAACUUAGUAUUGGAGUAGUGAUCGUUGUUCCAUUACGAUUGCUUUCCGGAACACCCUGAACUGAUCUGAAGUCUGUUAAAGUAUGAUAGUAGUCAUGGUUGUAGCUCAAGAUGGUUUUGUAGAAGAGGCCCCCUUAUUACACACAGUGGUCUUAGCGUCAUGACUAUCGUAAAUAAUUGUUAACUUAGUAUUGGAGUAGUGAUCGUUGUUCCAUUACGAUUGCUUUCCGGAACACCCUGAACUGAUCUGAAGUCUGUUAAAGUAUGAUAGUAGUCAUGGUUGUAGCUCAAGAUGGUUUUGUAGAAGAGGCCCCCUUAUUACACACAGUGGUCUUAGCGUCAUGACUAUUGUAAAUAAUUGUUAACUUAGUAUUGGAGUAGUGAUCGUUGUUCCAUUACGAUUGCUUUCCGGAACACCCUGAACUGAUCUGAAGUCUGUUAAAGUAUGAUAGUAGUCAUGGUUGUAGCUCAAGAUGGUUUUGUAGAAGAGGCCUCCUUAUUACACGCAGUGGUCUUAGCAUCAUGACUAUUGUAAAUAAUUGUUAACUUAGUAUUGGAGUAGUGAUCGUUGUCCCAUUACGAUUGCUUUCCGGAACACCCUGAACUGAUCUGAAGUCUGUUAAAGUAUGAUAGUAGUCAUGGUUGUAGCUCAAGAUGGUUUUGGAGAAGAGGCCUCCUUAUUACACGCAGUGGUCUUAGCGUCAUGACUAUUGUAAAUAAUUGUUAACUUAGUAUUGGAGUAGUGAUCGUUGUUCCAUUACGAUUGCUUUCCGGAACACCCUGAACUGAUCUGAAGUCUGUUAAAGUAUGAUAGUAGUCAUGGUUGUAGCUCAAGAUGGUUUUGGAGAAGAGGCCUCCUUAUUACACGCAGUGGUCUUAGCGUACUGACUAUCAUGAGUCAUUGUUAACUAAAGUCUUGGAGUAGUGAUAGUUGUUACACUAAGAUUGCUUUCUGGAAAACCACUAAACUUAUUUUUUUUAAGUAUGAGUGUAACUAUGAUGGCUUUGUGGAAGAGGCCAAAUUUAAGUAUUUUGAGUCUUAGUGUAAAAUAAGAUGAGUUUGUGGAACACUGCUCCUUAAACAUAGACUUACGAUUUUCGUAGUGCUACGAUCACUUUGAGGAAUGGACCCUGGACAUUAGCUCCCAGUUGGACGCCUUACCCAGAGGUCAAAGAAACACAUCCAGGGGGAUGGCUUCUGAAGAAACAUCAGCAAAUAGUGCUUGAAAAUAAUGUAAUCAUUUGUGAUUGGUCUUGUACUGGAUGUGGUUUAUAUGGUUUAUGUAUGGUAUGCAGCUGAUGUGUCUCAUGUGGUUAUGUGUUAAAGGGAUCUCAGUAUUGUGAUGACAGAUAUACUAUCCUGUAUUAUUUAGACAGAAAUGUAACAAAAUGGAUUUACAACAUAAGUGGUGUGAAUAAACUUGUUAUGUUGGAGAAGUGUUGCAUUCAUAUAUCAGUCAAAGGCUGGAUUCUGGACAAUGGCCAGUCAUACGAUAUGUUCACAGUUAGCUCUUUUGAAGGAUGUACUUGAUAUGACAAAACUAGUCUGAAGCAACCCACAAUAAUUUAAAUCACAAUUCAUCAGUCAAAAAGCAUUCAGUACCAAUAAGACAAUAAAAGGUAUCUUCAUAUGUU